AAACAAAGCAAAUCUCUCUCUCUCACUCUCUCUCUCUCUCUCUCUCUCUGUACAUGUGUGUGUGUGUCUGUAUGUGUUUGUGUCAUUUUCUCUUAUAUACUUCACACAAACAAGGAACAAGGAUUCAUUUCUUGCCUUUUCAAAUCUAUCUCCAUCGCUUUCCACUCAUCACCUCUCCCCCAAUCUCUCCAACCCUGAAAUCUGACCAGACCCAGAGCUAUAGAUUUCACCACCGAGCUCAUCAUCCCUUCAUCAUCAAAAACCUAGCUAGCCCACAGAAUUAAUCAACAGCACGAGUACUCCUGAGAAGAGAAGAUUCAAAAGAGAAGCACCUAGCUAGCCAGCUCGCUAGUCACAAAGGAAGAGCUUGAAGGAUCCGCAUGGAGCUUUUCCCAGCUCAACCUGACCUAUCUCUUCAAAUUAGCCCUCCCAACACAAAACCCACCUCAGGCUGGAGCAGACCCCAAGAAGAUCAAAUGGAUUUGGGCUCAUGGGCAGGCCCCCAUCACAACCCUAACAUCAAUUUUGAGCUCUCCCUUGCAAACCCCAAGGCCCCCUCAGAUCCCACCGCCAACCCAUUUCACCUCUUCCAUCACAAAAAUGAACUCCAACUACAGUUUCACCAACAGUACCAUCAUCAUCAUCACCCAAAUGGACAACAAGGGUUUCACCAGCAGCUCAGUUUCUUGAGACCCAUUAGGGGAAUUCCCGUCUACCAUCACCAAAACCAAACACCAAACCAAACAGUACCCUCCUUUGCUUUCCCUUCUUUUGAUUCCCCAACUCCUGCACCAGUAACUGGUACCGCUAGUACUACUAGUCCUGCUUCUGCUUCAUUCCACUCCAUCGGCGUAUCCAGAUCGCGAUUCGUACCGAGGUUCCUGGCGAAGCGGAACGUGCGAGCGCCUCGAAUGCGGUGGACUACUACCCUGCACGGGCGCUUCGUCCGCGCCGUCGAGCUGCUCGGCGGCCACGAGAGAGCAACACCCAAGUCUGUUCUUGAGCUGAUGGAUGUGAAGGAUCUCACCUUGGCUCAUGUGAAAUCGCAUUUACAGAUGUAUCGGACAAUAAAGACCACCGAUAGAGCUGCAGCCUCUUCAGGUCAAUCAGAGGGAUUAGAAAGUGGAGUAAUGGGGGAGGUUUGUGAAGAAAAUAUGGUGGAGGUUCAAAAGCCGCCGAGGAGUUCUACUGAAUUAUCAGCUGUCGAUCUGCGGCGGAGUAGAUCAAAUAUCGGAGAAGAUGAAGAAGGUUUCCAUGGAGGAGUAUUUUGGAACAAUUCUCCCAGUGAUGUUUGGUUACAAGGAAAAUUAAGGAGUAGUCCUACCGAAAACACAAUCCCUUUUGAGGAUAUGGUGAUGAGCUGUGAAAGUGUGUCUGCAGACGUGCACUCAUCCUCAAGCUUUACUGCAGUAGGAAUGAACCCCAAGAAACCCAAUUUGGAGUUCACCCUAGGCAGAUCAUGAUCAUCACAGUGAUUUAUACAUACAUAUGAUCAUCAUCAUCAUCAUUAAAUGAUGGUGAAGUAGCUGGCUGGUCAUGUAUCAAAGGGCCAUAAAUUAAUGUCUACAAAUUAAAUGCGUGUGUUGGAGUAAGUGGUGAUGCGAAAUGGGAAUCAGGUACUGCAUGCUCUCUUUAAUUAAAAAUGAAAAGAGGGAUAGAGAGAAAGGGAAGAAAAGGAAAAGAAGAAAAGAGGAGGAGAGAAAGAGUAGGAGACAAAAGGGACACAAAGCAGAGAAAAAAGAAGUAUCACCAAUAUGAAUAUCAGCUGUGACACACCCAAUUAGUCAUCAUAUUAUAAUCACAUCACACGUAAAUAUAUAUAUAUAUAUAUAUAUAUAUAUAUAUAUAAAAGUUAAAUCUUCUUUAUUUUAAUUUUGUGUUUUUGAUAGAGAGAGAGAGAGAGAGAGGGGGAGCUUGCUUUGGGAAUUGCGCAUGGGCCCCUUCAUAAAAUGCAAUUUGUGAGUAGUGACAAACAGGUUAUUGUACCACCUGCAAUUGUCACCAGUCACCACAAUAUAUAUGUAUGAACCAUAUAAUAUAUAUUUGUACAUUGAUAUCAAA